AGUAUUAAGUGAAGGCCUUGGAGUGGUGUCAUCAAUUCAUAUGUACCGGAAGAAAAGACAAGACUGUGCUUUGAGUGUGUGACUCUAUUCCCUUGACGAUAUGUGUCAGCUAAAUGUACUACCCAAUCUUGGGCAAGUAUACAUCUAAUAGCUGCGAGUAAGGUGGAGUAGGGAUGAAGAGGAUUCAUUUUGUUGUUCUCUAGCUCGAUUUCCAGCUGCGAAUCAGACUCCACUAGGAGGGUCCUUCAACCUUGAUUCCAAGUUAAGGUUAGCCAUUAUAGGCUCUGCCAUUUUUUACGAACAAUUUAAUCAAACUGGUUACAACGCUUUCUCAUCACCUAAUCAACAUGAGUAAGGAAAAGGAUUAAUUAACUGUUAUAAAAAUCCUAAUCAUAGCAGGAUAGUGAAUACUGAAACCUAAACUAAUAAGUAUUAAGAGUUUAAGACUGUUGGAUUGGGUAAUUUACUACAUGAUACUUAUAUUUUUUAACACUUCUCUACAGGGAAAGUGUAGUUUAAAUCGCUAAAUUAUGCUCUAGUCCCUAUAGAUUUUAAGUUUUCAUUAUAGCACCUAUACUUUUAAAAGCUUACAAACAAUCUUAUCUAGAAGUUAUUACAAUUAUUUUUUUAGAAAGAUCGACGCUUUCGUGUCUAAUUCAUUAAUAAGUAACAAUCGUUAGCAAUUAUGAAAAUUUUCAACUCACUGGCAACUGAUUUUUUUUUUCUUCUGUGGUGGCAUUCAUGCCAAAGAAGAGAGAAUGAUAAGGGACUGUUUAUUUUCAUUUUUGUUUCUUGUGAUUGUGAUAACAGAAAAUAGAUACUAAAGGAAAUGAAUCGACCAUUUUACUGUUCUUCUCUUUCUUUUUAUUUCAAUAAUGUCAACGCCAUUAUAAAAAAAACAUGAAAACUUGUUUACGUGAUAUUUUUAUUGCAUUAUGAUACUAAAAACGGAAUGAUGGAAAAUUGUUUGAAAUCAAAGCAAACAAAAGUUGAAUGAUUUAAGCAAUAAAAAUGAUGAAAUAAAAUUAUUACAUAUAAAACGAGGAAAUUUUUUACUUUUUUAGAGAAGAAAUUAGAUAGAUAUAAAGUUUCUAGUGAUUUUUUUGAAAUCAAAUAUUUCAUAUUGUUUGUUAUAAAUGUUUUUGUGUUUGAAUACAUGUUUUUACUUUUCAAACUCCAUGUCAUCAUUGUCAUGUAGUUGGUGCAUACUUUCAAUGACUACUUUUGAUUACACAUCAUGUUCUAGGCCAUUCAGUUAUUAAGUUAAUGAUACAUUUUGGAAGGUUUUUCUUUAAUUCAAUUAUAAAUGUGUUCCAUAUGAUUUGGGAGUUCAGUUCAAUUAAUUUGUGAAUAUUUGAAUAUAUCAUCCCAAACAUAGAAAUUUAUUUGAAAAUAAAUUUUGCAUUUUAAUUCAUUUUGAAGUGAAGAUUCACUUGGCUUCAAAUGGUAUAUAAAGUGAAAAUUUUAUCUAAUAAAAAGAUAAAAUUUGUAUAAAAAGGAAAUUAAAGGAUUAAAAUAAAAUUAUUAAAAAUAAUUGUGAGCAAUGACAUUUGAAUUUUUCACCUUAUCGAUAAUAAAAAAAAUAUUGCUUUGUUUAAAAUAGGAGAAAGCAGAUCUUGAAACUGGUGGAAACUCUUGUUUUGGAAUACAAUAGGAAGCUACAUACCGCCUUUUGUUUCCAGAGUUGGAAACGAACAUAAGCAUAAUAAAAAGUAGGGUACAUACAAUAUAUUAGUCACAACUACUAUAAAGCGGAGAAUUAUAGCCACAACUAUGAAAAUUCAAAUUAUUAGCAAUAACUAUUGUUGCGGGUCAAGAUAUGGCUAACUAUCCAUUGCUUUUAUAGAAUUUUUAACGGAGAAGUUCACUUCAUCGGCCACUGCAACAGCCACUUGGGACUGCUUUUAAUUUAUAACUUUAGAACAUAAAAGUUUAGUCAGUAUUACUAACGAAAUUGUUAACAAAUUGUUAACGCUUGGCUAAUAAUUUGAAUUUUCAUAGUUAUGGCUAUAAUUCCCCACUUCAUAAUAAUUGUGGCUAAUAUAUUGUAUUUACCCUAAAAAGUAAACAAGAUUUUUGGGUUCUGUUGCUAUAGAUUUUGUGAAUGGAAGCAUAUAACAAAAAUUAUUACAAAUCGGAACCCUAUGAUAACAAGUUUUGACAUUAGGUUUUAGGAGUGUACUCUUUGCACGUAGGAGUGUACUCUUUGUAGGUAUUAUUGGAACAAAAAUAUGAAAUUAACUGAUUCAUCACGUAAGUCAUUGAUAUUUGUUUGGGGUGUUACUAAACACUCCGUUCACGGAUUAAGUAGUAGGGCGCACAAUCGGCGAUGCGCGACGCGCGAUACGCGCUACGGUAUAUAAGGGCUUGAAGCCCCCCAAAGGAGAGGACUUCCUCUUUCUCCUGACUUUCCACUUUCUACUAUCUCUCUCUACACUUCAUCUCUCUAUCUGUUCUCUCAACUCUCUCCACAAACAUACACUGACUUGAUCGUUGGAGCUCAAUCCGGGGGGCAUCCCCGGUCUUUUCAGAGGUUUCUUGUCUCCCGACGAGAUCAGACGAACGGAUCAUGAGUCAACCCCACACCAACAAAUAUCAUUGUUCGUGUCCUGAGCUAGAUGGCACAAACAAUUGGCACCCACCGUGGGGCGAUUUGAAUUUGUUCGUUCGUUCGUCGCGGAAGGAGGACGAACUCUUGAUCUGAAAUGAAUACAAAAGCUUCAUCGGAAAAAAAAAUAUAACAAGAAAAGCCAGCCGGAGUUGAAGAAACAGAAAAGCUCUUCCUUCCCCACCACCCACCAACGGCGACAACAACGAAAACGAAAACAGAAGGAGAGUGCUCAGGGAGAGUCCGCCGACCAACGAAAGAGGUGAGAAAAGCUCAACGGGAAAAGAAUUUAAAAAAAAGAGGGCAGUGAAAUUUCCCCAGAUUUCGACCGCCGGAGAUAGGUGCGGCACCGACGCCCUGACGAAAAAGAAAGAAGAGUCACUCUCCAGUCAACAUCAGUACUUUCUCUUCACUCUUCAGUCACCUCAACAGUAAAAAAAAAAAAAAAAAAAAAGAAGCAAAGCCACCUUCUCUCCUGUCAGAGGGAAGAGACAGGCGAAGUUCCCAAGAAGAUAGGCUGGAGGCACAUUGAAAUAGAAAGGCGGAAGGAGCAAAGAGUCCGCUUCGGGUCCGAACUCGCGGCACAAACUCGCGCGCCAUGUAGCCCAACUGGAAGAUCGGCCCAUGUCACGGCCAGCCCGCCUCCACCUCGCGAAUCGACUCUCACUUGGCCCGAUCCGCCCCACGCCAUGUAGCCCAACUGGAAGAUCGGCCCAUGUCACGGCUAGCCCGCCUCCACCUCGCGGAUCGACUCUCACUUGGCCCGAUCCGCCUCACGCUGAUGGCGCGCCCGUUCCGCUCAGUUCCUCCUUCCACGGGCCGCCAUGACCGUCAUCCUCCGCUUUAGCAAGUCUCACGCGGAGCCCGCCACAGGCCCACCACGACCUAGCUCGUCUCCACCGCAGAUCGGGCCAUCUCCAACUCGCAGUGGGCCCGCUUCUCGUCAUCCUUCAACUCCACUAGCGCGGAAGCAACUCGCGGCCCAACAACCGCUCCCGGCCCGUCGCAUAGCUCUGACAAAGCCCACGUCACCAGCCCGCGCCCGAGUCAAGCAUCACAGGCCACAGUCUUGUCGCGGCCCACUUCGCCAAUCCCCACAGCACUCAAAAAAUGUUGCUUUCGCCGUAAUUUGAACCCGUGCCACUCUUCCACCAGACAAGCAAGAUUACCAACAGGCUACAAGCGAGCAUUGUGUUUCAAUGGCGCGGCGUCUGAUUUUUAACUAUUCGCGCCCAUACAGUUCGACAGAACAAAAAAUAGCAAUAGUUAUAAACUAUUCGCGCCCACUCAGUUCGACAGAACAAAAAAUAGCAAUAGUCAGGAACUAAUCGCGACCACUCAGUUCGACAGAACAAAAAAUAGCAAUAGUCAUGAACUAUUCGCGCCCACUCAGUUCGACAGAACAAAAAAUAGCAAUAGUCAUGAACAAUUCGCGCGCACUCAGUUCGACAGAACAAAAAAUAGCAGUAGUCAUGAACUAUUCGCGCCCACUCAGUUCGACAUAACAAAAAAUAGCAAUGGUCAUGAACUAUUCGCGCCCACUCAGUACGACAAAACACAAAAUAAUCACUCACCUCCAUCACGCUUCAUGAAGAGCAAGGAAGCCAGCCAAAAUGCUUAAGCCAUGAAUCGAACUCGGGCAACUGCAGUCCCUAGCGCGCGUGCCAACCAAUAUGCCACAAGCUCGACAAGUGGUCAUAGUCCGCAUGGACUUAUGUUAUUGGCUCUUUCUUCCGCACCACCCUCUGUUCCGAUCCGCGCCUCACACCGGGUUUUGCCCCGCCUUCCGCCUCCACACCAGUCUCGCGGCUGAUGGGCCAACCACCAACGUGCGGCCCAAUCUUGGUCCACGCGCGGAUCGCCAAGCCAAACAGCCUCCACACCAGUCUCGCGGCUGAUGGGCCAACCACCAACGCGCGGCCCAGUCUCGUUUCACUCGCGGAUCGCCAAGCCAAACAUGUACCGAGCUCCUCAAAAAAAUUAUUUGUAGGCGCCAGUACUCGAACCCGCGCCACUCUUCCGCUAUGCAAGCAUACUGACCAGUAAGCUACAACAACAGCUUAUGCUACAAGAUGCGUCGCGCCCCUAUUUCAACGAUUGCCAAACCACGCUACAUGGGCUUACAUUUCGUCCACUCCAAUCGCAGCCCACUCUCAUCCGGUGACCACUUCGAACUCCCCGCAUCGCAUGGCUCGACACCAACUCGCGGCAAGACUGCUUUCGGCCGCUCUAAGAGGUAAAUCCCGCCUCGCAUUGCGCGCGCUCAAUUAGCCUGCGAGCUCGCACUCUCAACUCGCGGAUCAGGCCCAAUGCUCGCGUUCCCCGGCCUGCUGUGCUGUUUAGGCGCGCUAGACAAUGAGCUCAUCAAAAAUAAUAUUGUCGCCACCAGGAUUCGAACCCACGCCAUCACUCCACCUCACAAGCGCUAUGACCAGUACGCCAGAAGAACAACUUGUAUACUUUAUGAGAGCCACUUUUAUUAGACGAUUGUACCGACACCAGGCCCGCAACCUUCAUUUGAUCCGCCUCUCAAGGCCCAACUCGCGGCCCAUCUGACUCAACCCGCUUCACAGUGAGCCCUCCACAAGCGCACUGCAACUUGGCCCGCGCCCAAGCGCACUGUCCAACACGCGGCCCGCACUUCAGGCGGCCCAGCUCGCGCCCCGCAUUCAACAGGCGUGGACCCCUUCAAAAAUAAUAUGGUCGUAGCCAGUAAUCGAACUCACAUCACUCCUCCGCGUGACAAGCAACAAUACCAGUAGGCUACAUACGCGCCUUGUGCAAAAAUAGUGCGGCGCAUUCCACUUAAUCAGUAUCCUGCCGCCUCUCCAAUUUAAAGCUAAGUACUUUAUCUCUCUAUCAAUAUUAAAUAUUGAAAUAUUUUACUUUCAUGAGCGUUAAUGGCGCUAAUGGGGGCUACACGCCUUAAUGAAAUACACCAACUGGG